AGUACUUCGGAAAGGAGCUUGAAACAAUGGGCGCUGUGCAAGAUUAGGAACUUCAACGCGCCUUCUCCUUCUCUCGUAAAAGACAUCCUGACGUGUUACGCCCCCACGGAAGUCAGGCAAGACAUUCGUGGCAGGAGCUGGCCGCCUUUAAAAGAGGGAACACUUGCUCCAAGCAGCAUUUCAAGACGUCGUCGAACCACUCAUUGACAGGCUAUUUUUCCAUCAGCCAUGAUUCUACACAUGCUUCUGCUGUCCGCGGCACUCGCUGUGGCAUUCGCGGUGACAGCGGAACAAGUCAUCCGAUCAGAAUGGCAAGCGUUCAAGACAAAGCACGGUAGAAACUACACAUCUGCCCAUGAAGAAAUUCUGAGAUUCAAGAUAUUCACAGAAAAUAGCCUGUUCAUCGCACGACACAAUGAAAAAUACGUGAAAGGCCUCGUGUCGUACAGCCUUGGCAUGAACCAGUUCGGCGACAUGCUUCACCACGAGUUCGUGCAGCUUACUAACUGCUACAAGCCUAGUGAAGCCAGUUCGGGCCGGUCAACCUACUUGCCGCCGGAAAAUGUCGAUGACAGCGACCUACCUCAAUCAGUAGAUUGGCGCAAGAAAGGUUACGUGACUCCUGUCAAGAAUCAAGGACAAUGUGGCUCUUGCUGGGCAUUCAGUACGACGGGAUCACUAGAAGGUCAGCACUUCAAGAAGACGGGUAAGUUGGUCUCCCUAAGCGAGCAAAAUCUCGUCGAUUGUUCGAGAGACUACGGCAACAAUGGCUGCAGCGGUGGAAGCAUGGAAAAUGCCUUCGACUACAUAAAAGCUAACGGCGGGAUCGACACCGAGAAGAGCUACCCUUACCACGGUCUCGACGAGCCGUGCAAGUUCAAGAAAGCCGACGUUGGAGCCACAGUGACUGGAAUGGUUCGCGUGAAGGAAGGCUCGGAAGAAGAUUUGAGGAAUGCCGUGGCAACAGUUGGACCAGUUUCCGUCGCCAUUGAUGCAAGCCAGCGCUCGUUCCAGUUUUACAAGACAGGUGUCUACGACGAGCAUGCAUGCAGCAGCAAAAAACUAGACCAUGGCGUCCUUGCAGUCGGCUACGGUGUUCUCAACGGAACCAAGUACUGGCUUGUCAAAAACAGCUGGGCCGAAGAGUGGGGAGAAAAGGGGUAUAUCUACAUGUCACGUGACAAGAACAACCAGUGCGGCAUUGCCACGGACGCUACAUAUCCUCUUGUUUAGACAUAUGCCUUUUGUACAAAGUAAGAACAAAAUACAUAAACUGAAAAUAAAAUAUUGUACUCUUCAA